GCAUUUACUUCUGAGGACAAUGAGGACUGCUACUGUCUCCAGUACGUCACGAAUAUUCACCAGUCAACGUUUAAGUACAGCUUAUUUGGCAGAGUUUAUUCCAGCAGUUAGGGUUUCCCACCGCUUUCCCAAAAUCAACAAUAACGUUUGUUUGAGUUGUUGGCAGAAAAGAUGGGUUGAGUUUGAUUCAGAUUUCCUUGGCAUAUCAAAAAAGAAAAGACCUGCAAGAAAAUACAAGAACAGACUAGAUUGGAUACUUCUGGCUUCAGGAGCAAGUGAAUGGAGAGAUGCGGAAGCUGUGUCGUUCGAGAGUCAGCCUAUAGUGCUUAGAGAACUGAAGCGAAAUAUCGAAUACAGUGAAAAUGAAACCAUCAACGCUCUUCCACCCAGUCUUCACGAAAAGAUAAAUGUGAAAGCACUUGACGCGGAGAAUCCAGACGGAGCACGAGCAGCAGGAAGAGAACUGGAUAACUUAAAGGCUGCUAGAGCCAGUAAAACACUGCGUGCCUGUUGGAUUUUUGUUCGAGAAGUACUUGUUGCAGAUAAAAGUCUAGAGUGGAGAUUGUAUUUGGCACUAGUGCUCAUGUUUUUGAGCAAAUUGCUAAAUAUAGUGGUUCCUUUCAUUUUAAAGCUGGCAGUCGAUAGUUUGACAAAGUCCUUUCAGUCAUCGAUGUCGUCGACUCGUUCUGUAUCUCUGGUUAUGUGGUUAUUGAUAGGUCAUGGAAUAGCUCGUAUUUCAGCUAUUGGAACUCAUGAACUACGCAAUGCACUCUUUGCACGAGUUGGUUUGGGAGUUGGACGAAGAAUUACUCGCGCAGCUUUUGCUUAUCUUCACUCGUUGGAUCUUUCCUUUCACAAUAACUCACGCACAGGAGCAACCACUCGUAUUGUCGAUCGUGGGACAAAGUCUAUUACUAUGAUUUUGAGAGCUCUCAUCUUUAGCUUUGUGCCCUCCUUAUUUGAGUUGGGUCUCGUAUGUAGCAUACUUUCGUUUCGUUUCACUUGGCAUUUAGCUGCAGUGACUAUCCUAUGCUUUCUUUUAUAUGUUUGGUAUACUGUUCAUAUUAACAAUCAGAUGGCCCGAGUAAGAAGACUCAUGAAUGCAGUAGACAAUGAAGGCUCAGCAAAAUUAUCCGAAUCCCUAUUUAGUGCUGAGACUGUAAAGAUUUUCAAUAAUGAGGAUUUUGAAUUGUUGAGAUAUGAUAUUUGUUUGUCGGCAUUUGAAGAAGCCUCUGUAUUCAAUGAAAAGUUGUUGGCUUCUCUGAAUGCUGGACAAGGAGCCAUAUUUUGUGUGGGACUUUCAGUAGCACUUGUUCUUUCUUGUUCUCUUUGCUUUAGAGGACUUUUAUCUGUCGGCGAUGUGAUGAUGGUUCACACAAUGUUACAACAAUUAUGGGUACCUUUGAAUUUUAUUGGUUGGCAAUAUCGUGAAUUGAAACAGAGUUUGAUUGAUAUGGAAAAUUUACUGGAACUAUUCAACCGUCGACCUAAGAUAUCGGAUAAGGAAGACGCACACGAUAUUGUACUGCAAGGUGGAACGGUGACAUUUGAAAAUGUAUCAUUUGCAUAUCCUUUGGAAAAUAGUACUGUGCAAGAAACCAGACCACUAUUAAAGAACAUUUCUUUUAGUGUUCCUAGUGGAAAAACUUUGGCAAUCGUUGGCGAAAGUGGUUCAGGGAAGAGCACCUCUUUGAGGCUGCUGUAUCGUUUAUAUGAACCAACUAAUGGUCGUAUUAUGGUUGAUGACCAAGACAUUCGUCAAAUAUCACAAAAGUCAUUAAGAAGCUGCAUAGGAAUGAUUCCUCAGGAUACUUUGCUAUUCAAUGAUACCAUAUAUUUCAAUAUUGCAUAUGGAAAGAUUGACUCGACUAGAGAACAGGUAGAGCAAGCUGCCAAAUUGGCACAAAUUCACGAUACUAUAAUGAAGAUGCCUGAUGGUUAUCAAACGGUGGUUGGAGAACGUGGAGCAAGACUGUCUGGUGGAGAACGACAAAGAGUGGCUAUUGCUCGCUGUUUAUUAAAGAAUCCAACUAUUUUAUUGUGUGAUGAAGCCACUUCUGCUUUGGAUAGCAAAACGGAACAAGAAAUUACGCAAGCAUUGAAACAACUGGGACAAAAUAGAACAUGCAUAGUGGUUGCUCAUCGACUUUCUACCGUUGUAGACGCCGAUGAAAUAUUGGUGUUGAGAGAAGGUCAGAUUGUGGAAAGAGGGACACAUAUGGAACUUUUAGAAGAUCCUGAUAGUGCUUAUGCACAUAUGUGGUCACGUCAACUACGAGAUAAGGAAAUGCCUAAUAGUACAGAAACUUGUGAAGAACACGAAUAUUCGUAUUCCAGGAAUGGUUACUAUUCAAAAUGUGAAGAAAAGAAUCUUUGGAAUUCUGAGAUGAACGGAAAUCAGAACAAAUCACCAUCAACUGAUCAUUAUAGAAAUAUUGGUUACCAAGGUGAUCAUUCUGUGCAAUCAACAGAUGAAACUCACAUUUCAGAGAAUAACAAUCGAUAAGAAACUUUAGUAUUGUCCAGUUUCAUACAACAUAAAUACAAGAAAAAGGAA